GACGUGCGAUCUGCAAAACAUAAUUCGUUCCACCAACUCUCUCGUUGCUCCAAAAUCACAAUCAAAACGAACUCAUGUCUGAGACACCCAUUUCUUCCUGAACAGAAAGCAGACGCCGGACAUGCUUCUAGAGAACUUGCGGACAAAACGAACCAUGUGAAAACAAUUUCCAGAUCACUCGUGUGCACUGCGACGAAUUGGGGGCCUCAACAUCGACGUCGAGAAGAACAUAGUCUUGUCUCGUUGAGCCUGGGGCGUGAGAUACAUAAACGACACUUGUCCUUCUCUCUCCUUUUCCCCUCACAAACAACCUUUUCUUCUCCAAAACACCAAAAUUUGAAUUACCGAAACCACCACGCCAUGAACGUCCCGCUUCGACGUGUGAAUAAAAGUUACACAAAAGACGUCUUUGCCACUUUAACUUCCACCAUCCUAUCACAUCUAUUACCCGAAACAAAUACCAAAAUCGAGUUCUGGCUCCACUAUGAGAAGAGGGAGACCGAAAAAACGCUAGACACAACCUUGUGUCUCCGUGCUUUCGAGACGAUCUACAAAACAUGUACUACUUUCCCAAACCGUUCGCCAUCUUAUCCUUUCGUAAAACCUUUCUCUUGGUCGAAAGAAGAAAACAAAAGAAUUAGUUACAAGCAUCGGUAUAGGAAGCAGACGGCCCAAAAACUAUACAUAUGCUCAGUCAUAUCCGCAUCGCUGUACACGAGGCUAGAGAUGAACAAAAGACAUCCUUCCCAUCCAGCGAUCCACUCUUCACCAACGUUCCUCUGCGCCAAAAGAGCAGCAAAAUGUCUGCAUGAGUCCUCGGUCCGGCCGCUCCCCAGAGCCCGAACACCAGUAUACAUGUCUCGAUUAUACACAAACAACACCACGACACCAGCGUUGACAGUGCCGUCAAAAAGGGAGCAUAUAUUCAAUAUCUAUUAGACUGCAACGCAACAUGCCCCUCCUCCCCAUCACUCUUCCACACAUCCCACCACGGGUCUAGACUAAGAGCCCACGCGCGUCCCCAUGUAGCGCUGCUUAGUCGCGUCUUGGUGUGAGGCUGUGUACAUGAAUGUGGG